CACAGAAAAUAAAAGUUUUAGUUAAGAAAUUAUUUUAAUUUUUCGUUACCAACCCUUGUGGCGCACACUGUUAACGUGUAAUGGCGUAUCAUUUUAGUGCUAAUCAGUUCGAGAAGGCUUACAGCGCGAAACGUCUAUGCAAUUGGGAGUUGCCGAAGUGGUAUCCACCAAAACCGCGCGCCCAUAAGCAACCGACGAAAAUAAUCGCUGGCAAUAACGGACAUUUGCUGUGCAGCGCUGAUCGUUCGGAUAAGAAUCCUUGGGGCUACUUUCGCAGCACUUACGAGCUACCACGUAAAAUAACUCGUAAAUUUGCCGACGAAUACAACGAGUGUCUGAUCAGAAAAUAUAAAUGGCGCAAUUUCCCACGCAAAAAGAGUGUUUGCGGGAAAAAAGAUGAGCCACCGAAAUGCGAAGAUAAAUGCGAAACCGUCAGAAGUAUUUUCAGUCCAGGUGAGAAAGGCAUUGGAAAGUGCGCUAAGGGUCAAGAUAAAAAACGUUCCGAUUUAGAAUACGUGCCAGGUGAUUUUACGCCAUACGAACAUCAACACCCCUCACGUGACCAGUUGUUGCAACAAAAGUACGAACGCGACAAUAACAUAGAACCGGAACUGCCACUGAAUAAGCUGCUACUUGGCGACCACCUUUGUCAAUCGGUUAAGCCGGACGUUACCCUUACUCGUCCCGUGAUACUACCGCUGACGCGUGUCUCUUCGCCAACCGCGAACGCUGCUCAUACUUCCCAGCUGGAACUCACUGCACCGACGGAACCUCAAAUUGACCCAAUGCCACAAGUGCAGACGGAGACAUCGUUAUUGCCGCAAACAGCUGCUCUGACGGAUUCUGUUGGACCAAGUUUGGAAUACUUUAAACAAAAAUUCGGUUAUCAAAACCCCGAUUCACCUGCGCUACAAAAUCUUGAGCAAACAAUGCCACUUAAAUCAAUUACAGCGAAACCCAACGAGCGUUCGCCGUCACCUAUCAUUCCGCCCUACGCUAAUUUCGAAUUAGCUAAGCGCAUGCAUCAUGACAAUUUGGACCAUCAACCGUUGCCGGAUUGUGUGGUGGACAUGGCGUUCCGCAAGCGGCAAAUUACUGGUGAGCAUCCCGGCUUAGCGCUGGAUAUUGCUCCCUUUGCCACGGGUGUUGGCAUAAGAACGCAUAAUGCUGGCCCCACACAUUGUACGAAAAUGAAGGUAUUUCGCCCACGCACCUGUGGCGUCGUGCCCAAAGCUUAUGCUGGUGACUUAUCACGUGCAAUUUCCUCAGCGCAGCCCGAUAAACCAAUGACAGCUAUGGAUUUGGCCAUUGGUUGGGAUUAUAGACCCAGCAAUCCAGCGGAUGAACCGCGUCGGCCACCACAUAUUGACGGUUCGGACGAUACCGCCGGUCCUGCUGUGUUCAAUUACGUAAAAACACCGCGCGAUGAACCCGCUACAGAUCUAGGACGCUCGGCGGGUGUAUUCAAUAGUACGCUCGGCGAAACGGGCUUUUUCGAUAAGGAUAUAAUGCGCCGCAAAUCAGAUUUUGGCGGUCGCGCAAUUGAACGCGACACGGACUGUCCCUGCAGCACCGAAGAUUGUAUGGUACGCGCGCCACCGCCACGUGCGCGUAGUGUAACUCGUGAUUGUGCGAUGCCUUCAAAUCGGUUGAGCAAGCAUUAUCAAUCUUCACCUAACAUCAUGGCUGAGGGAUACCGCGCAUUGCGCCAAAAAUAUCUCGGCGGCAGUGGUGGUAGUAUAGCAGCUUCGUGUGAGGCUCUUGUACCCGAACGUGGCUGUAGACGUUCAAAACAAAAUAUCGGUGCGCCAGGUUUUCUAAGCCGAGCGCGUUCAAGACUAUGUCACAAGGUUGCACCCGAACCACCGCGCUGUUACCACGCAGCGCCGCCGCGUGCCAUCUGUAAAGCACCAUUUCGUGUUGGUGUGCCCAAAUACAAUGCAGCGGGACAUUUUAUUAGCACGGACAGCGGCUGCAGUUUGGAAUCACAUAAUGCCAGUCGUGUGCUGGUGGUGCCGCGUCAACGUGAUCCCUACGCAAAACGGAAUUACGAUAUUGAUACGUUGGUGCCACCGUUUCGUUGUUUUGGCGGUGGCGCCGGAGAGGGCGGCUACCCAGAACAUUGGCGUUUGGCCAGCGUAUAUCAACAUGCUUAUAAACCUCUCGAGCAGCGACGCAGGCCGCUACUACAAACAGUUUACAAGUAA